AUUAAAAACUCCCAAAUCAAAAAAGCCCCCAAAAUGAAGAACCCCAUUUUCUUUCGCCGGACCAUUCUUUUCCUCAUUCUUUCGAUUCUAUUCUCGCCGGACUUCGCAUUUUCCAGCCACGAUUACGGCGACGCCUUAUCUAAAUGUAUCUUGUUCUUCGAAGGCCAACGAUCGGGGUUCUUGCCACAAGAUCAGCGGAUGACGUGGCGUGCCAACUCCGGCCUCGGUGACGGCUGGACUUACCAAACUGACCUUACCGGCGGCUACUACGACGCCGGCGAUAAUGUUAAGUUCGGUUUUCCGAUGGCUUUCACCACCACGCUUUUGUCUUGGAGCGUCAUUGAGUUUGGCGACUUGAUGCCGCCGGCGGAGUUGAGGAAUUCGUUGGUGGCUAUUCGUUGGGCGACGGAUUAUCUCCUUAAAACGGUGUCGCAGCCUAACCGGAUUUUUGUUCAGGUAGGUGAUCCGAGUGCAGACCAUUUCUGUUGGGAGAGACCAGAGGACAUGGACACCGCAAGGACCGUGUACGCCGUAGAUGCUCCAGGGACUGCAUCGGAUGUGGCGGGGGAGACAGCAGCCGCACUAGCAGCAGCGUCAAUGGCAUUCCGAUCGUCUGACCCAGGAUACGCCGAGACAUUGCUACGAAAUGGAAUUAGGGCAUUUGAGUUGGCUGAUACUUAUAGAGGAGCUUAUAGUGAUAACGAUAAUAUUAGAGAUGGUGUUUGUCCUUUUUAUUGCGAUUUUGAUGGCUAUCAGGAUGAAUUACUAUGGGGAGCUGCUUGGCUAAGGAGGGCGAGUCAAAAUGAGUCGUAUUUGAAUUAUAUUCAAGACAAUGGCAAAACGCUUGGCGCUGAAGAUAGCUUCAAUGAGUUUGGGUGGGACAACAAGCAUGCUGGCCUUAACGUUCUCGUCUCUAAGGAAGCCUUAGAGGGAAACAUAUUCACACUCCAAUCCUACAAAGCAUCUGCAGACAAUUUCAUGUGCACUUUAAUUCCAGAAUCUUCUUCCUCCCACAUCCAAUUCACUCCCGGCGGCCUCAUCUACAAGCCCGGCGGCAGCAACCUCCAACACGCCACUUCCAUCACCUUCCUCCUCCUCGCCUACGCUCACUAUCUCGACCGCACUUCCUCCACCGUCAACUGCGGCAACGUCGUCGUCGGUCCCGCCACUCUCCGCCGCCAGGCCAAGCGUCAGGCCGACUACAUCCUCGGCGACAAUCCGAAAGGCAUCUCUUACAUGGUCGGCUACAGCAACUACUUCCCUCAGCGGAUCCACCACCGCGGCUCCUCUCUGCCGUCCGUACACGACCAUCCGCAGCCGAUCGCUUGCAAGGAAGGCUCGGCGUACUUCAAUUCGGCGGAUCCGAACCCUAAUGUGCUGGUGGGAGCCCUAGUGGGUGGCCCAGGGGAAGACGAUGUGUAUGAGGAUGAUCGAGCUGAUUUCCGGAAAUCGGAGCCGACUACUUAUAUUAAUGCGCCGUUUGUUGGUGUUUUGGCGUAUUUUGCUGCGAAUCCUGGCGAUUGAAUUGAUUGAUUGAUCUGAUUUGAUUGAUUUUCCGGCAAUGGGCGAUCUCCGGUGAAAGGAAAGGAAGUUUUGGGGGUUUUUUUCUUUUGUUUUGAUUUUAGGGAAAAGGGAAAAGGGAAAAAAGGGAAAAGGAUGGUCUCUCAUCUUUGGCGGUUUUGCGGAGAGGGUAGAGGCUUGUUUUGGUAAUUUUACUUGUUGAAGAAAACUAAAAAAGAAUUUAAAAAAAACAAAAAGUCCACAGUAGGUCAGUAGCUACCAUGUUGUGACUUUUUUGUAUUUUAACUUAAAAAUAUAUAUAUAUAUAUAUUUCACUUUAGUGAGCAAAUUUCAA